AUCUCAUGGCGGGAGCACGAGCGGGGGACCCUGGCUCUGGCUGCACCUGCUGUUCUGCCACACAAGCAAGCAACCGCCGCGGGUUGCUCGUCUCGACGCGGCCCCUCACGAGCCGAAACAAACCCAGCAGCAGCAACCAACCCCGUCCAAACACAACAAAACCCACACUGUCAAGCGUCAACCAGCCACCCGCCUCGCGGAGUCACGGGCUCGAGCUCCACCACCAAAGCUCGAGCUCUCGCGCCCGCGUGCCGUGCGCCAAUGGCGCCGCCCCCGCCGCGGCGCCCCGUCGUGCAGAGGAGCCUGAUCUCCCUCCUCCUUCUCCCGGUGGUCCUCCUCGCGCUCCCGACGGCGGCGGCGGCGGGGGCGGGGUGGGCGCCGUUCAGGGCGAGGGACCUGCUCCCGCUGCUGCCGCGCGGGCUGACGUGGCCGGCCGUGGGCUCCGUCCACAGCGCCGUCGACCUCCUCCCACGGUUCGUCGCCCACGUCGCGCCGGAGGCCUCCUCCGCGGUCGCCUGGCGCGCCACGUGCUUCGCGGACAACGAGGCCGUCCUCACCCUCACCCAUUCCUCCUCCGCCGCCGCCGCCGGCCGCAACGCCACCACCGCCGGCGCUGCUGCCCUUGGCGGCGCCCUCCUCCGCCUCAAGACUGCUUCAGCUCAGAGCUGGACAUGCAUGGAUCUGUAUGUGUUUGCAACGCCGUACAGGAUAGGAUGGGAUUACUACAUUACAGCACAGGAGCACACCUUUGAGAUCAAGGCAUGGGAGGAACCAGGAGAAAUGGAAUAUGUGAAGCAGCAUGGCAUUGCCAUAUUUCUCAUGCCAUCUGGAAUGCUGGGGACGUUGUUGUCUCUGAUUGAUGUCAUACCUCUGUUCUCAAACACUAUUUGGGGGCAGGAUGCCAACUUGGCCUUUCUUCAGAAGCACAUGGGAGCUUCGUUUGAGAAGCGUACCCAACCUUGGUCUGCUAACAUCAGAAAAGAGGACGUACAUUCUGGUGACUUUUUGGCUCUUUCGAAGAUUCGAGGGCGAUGGGGUGGAUUUCAGACAUUGGAGAAAUGGGUGACUGGUGCAUUUGCUGGUCACACUGCUGUUUGCUUGAAAGAUGAGAACGGCACUCUCUGGGUUGCAGAAUCAGGCUAUGAAAACAAAAAGGGUGAAGAGGUCAUUGCUAUAGUUCCAUGGGAUGAAUGGUGGGGAAUGGCACUUAAAGAUGACUCAAAUCCUCAGGUAGCAUUUCUGCCAUUGCACCCUGAUGUUCGGGCCAGGUUCAAUGAAACUGCUGCAUGGGAAUUUGCACGAAGCAUGUAUGGCAAACCCUAUGGAUAUCAUAACAUGAUAUUUAGUUGGAUUGAUACGAUGUCAGACAAUUAUCCACCACCACUGGAUGCUAACCUGGUAAUGGCUGUUAUGUCAAUGUGGACCAGAUUACAACCACUUUAUGCUUCUAACAUGUGGAAUGAGGCCCUUAAUAAACGACUUGGGACUGAGAAAUUGGACCUUCAUGGGAUCAUCACCGAGACCGGAAAACGGGGCAUGUCUUUCAACCAGUUGCUCACUAUACCCGAGCAGGACGACUGGGAAUACAGCGAUGGCAAAUCAACCACUUGCGUCGCCUUCAUUCUCUCAAUGUACAAGAAGGCCGGGGUCUUUGCUCCUUUCACGGAAUCGAUCCAGGUCACAGAAUUCACGAUUCGAGACGCGUAUAUGCUCAAGAUCUUCGAGGACAACCAGACGAGGCUGCCAAGCUGGUGCAACAGCGGGGCGGACAGGCUCCCGUUCUGCCAGAUCCUGGGCGAGUACAAGAUGGAGCUGCCGGAGUACAACACGAUCGAGCCGUACGCCAACAUGAACGAGAACUGCCCCUCCUCGCCGCCCACCUACACCAGGCCGCUGGGAUGCUAGCUGAGCUGACCACCAACAUAUGCCAGUUGUUCAGACUCUAGAAGAUAUAUACAGAUCGUGUUUCAGAUGGAAUUGUUCUGAUCGAUCUAGCUAGGCCGGAGUGUCCGUGUAAAUAAACCGAUUUUUAUCGUGCUCAGAUGGUAGUGCUGAUGUGAAUGUUGAUUUUCCUGUGGUAAACUACAGGGGUGUGCUACGGAAUUCGAUGAAAUAUGAACAGGAUGUCGAUUACUUGCAAAA